CACAAACUGUGUGACUUGGUGAUUUUUUUUUUAACCCUUUCUUAGCCUGUAUGUAGGCUCUCAAAGGAGCUGCAACAAAAGUGGCUAAGGCAUUUUGGGCUGGCAUUUAAACUGACCAUGUGAAAUAUAUCAAUAAGAUUAAUUAAUAAUAAUGAAGGAUUUCAAAAGCGCCAUAUCCAUUAACACUUUUUAUAACAUAAGCUUACAAAAGAGCAUGCUCUGAUUGGCUAAAACACUCCAUCCAUGCCUGUGGGUUGCAAUCUGAAAUCACUUUGUUUUGCUUUUUUUCUAAAUGAAACAAAAGAUGUUUAAAAGUCUUGAUGUUACUUAAGUAAUGGUUAGAACGCAGCAUUCAACCAUCAAGUUAUCAAAAGCACUUGGAAGGUUUGCUUAGCACUCAAAAAACUAGAAUGGCACUUCGCUAUUACCUUGUGUGACUCUAACACUUCUUUAACAUCCUCCUGCAUACAUCCAUAAAUCGAUGGUUGCAUUCUGCACAUAAACAAUUUCUUAAGUAGACUGCAUUGAGCAGUGUUAAACUCUAGUGCUAAACGCCUUACAGUUUCUUGCCACCUCAAGUCUCAGGGGCUUGGCUGCAAGUGCCACAGUAACAAUAAGAGCCAGCACACAAGCUAACCUUCUCUGAAAUCACUAAAAAAAUUAACCUACAACUGAAGUACAACUAAAGCAAGCUAGGUCAGAGAAACUAAAAUAUGGACAUCAGAGAAUUACAAAAAUUUUUCACCUUUUAAGUGGUGGUACACUAGGAAACUAAGACCAUUUAAACUUAAUUUGUAUCUCAUCAAGAAAUUAUAAAUAAUGGUAAUAGGACCAAGUGGAGUCCAAUUCCAUCUAUAAUCAUACAAAUGAUUAACAAAAUUGGAUGAGCGCAAAGCAGGAGUCCAAUUUGUUAAUCGUGAGUAUGAUUACAUACAGAAUUAGAUGACAUGAAGUCCUGAUACCAUUUAAUCAAAACUAUGACAAAAUUUGAGAAAGAAAUUAGACAUUGGUUGUACAUUUUCAUAAAAAAAAAACCAACUCUUAACUCGGCAAAAUGCAAGACAACAGCGCACGCUCAUGAUGCAUUCUGUCCACUUACAUAGGUAUGAUGUGUUAAUUGUCCCUUUAACUGUUCCAUUACACUGUCCAAUUUCAAGCAUGAUGCAUACACUGUCCUAUAAGUGCUCAAAUCGAGCUGGUGAUAACCAAUCACGUUCAAGAAUUUUGUCAUAGUUUUGAUUAUGGUCAGAAUUUGUGUGAAAUGUUUGACUGAUCAUGCUUAACAAUUACACCAUCCUGAGAAAUCAGAUGUUAUGUGUAAUAAGAAAAGUUCUUUGUUGCUAUUUUCUACAUUGUGAAAUCCUAGGGAGAGUCCCAAACUUCAUAUACAACCAGAUUACCAUGCUUAAAUAACAAGGAAAUUAUAUUUAAUACGGUUUAUACAACUCCUGCAUUAAUGACUAGCAAUUCUUAUUUCCAUCCUGUGAAACAAUGAUAACUGUGACCUUUUGAAAUUAGUCUGUAUCAUAAGCAAACUUGUUUAUAGAUCUAUACCCACGAAUUAAAAAAAAAAGCAAACAUUUACCUCGCUUUUUCCAAUUUUUUCCUUUUGUAAUUUAAUUUGAGAAUUAAGUUAUCAACUUCAAAAACACGUCCUUUUCUGCCAGUCAAAGCUUUUGGUAGUCAUUAGCCUGGUCAAAAAUAAAGAUGUCGCUCUUUCUGUAACAUUAAUUAAGUGCAAUACAGUUGUUUCACACUGUUACAGAUUCAAAGGAAAGAAAAAUUGCUACUGGAUCUGGUUGACGAUUUGAACAAUCGAUUUAAGACUUUCGAUCCUUAUUCAAAAUUGCCCCAUCGAAAAAAAAAGCUAUUCAAUCAACCUUUAAUUAAAGAGGGUUCUUUGAUUGAUCUAACUCACCUCUACUAACAAAGUCGCUUAUCAAAGAUGGUAAAAAUUAGUAUACGAAUGAAACAAACUGGACCGCACGUGUAAACCUCUCAACAUGUUGGAUAAAAGACUGUCGUGUUAUCAUUCGGCUUCGAUUUCGUUUGUUCGUACAGUCUAGUGAUUGGUCAGUUAAAUUUCCGGCCUCUACUCGGGUAAUCACGAACUUAUACGAAAGUAGAAAUACAAUCCCAGAGUGCACUGUUCGCUACAAUAGGUGAAACUUCGAUCGAUUUGGCCAGAGAUGAGUGUUUAUGAUAAUGACGGUGUCUUGCAACAGAACCUCGAGAGUAAUUAUGCCAAAGAAAACCAAGAUCUACGUAUUCAACUUGCCUAAAGGUUGUCGAAGGGGGCAUGAGUCCGAGGGAGAGGAAAGCGAACCAGACCUAUUCCAAUGUGGGAAAUGCAAACGAAUGUUUACCAGUCUACAGAAAUACCUGAAACACAAAGCAGCCAAGGACUGUGUUCAGCUUCAAACUCACGGACAGACAAGUGCGGUCAGCCCUGUUACGAACGGAGAGGUUUUUGACAGUCCUGAUGAGAAUAGCUCCAUUCAUAGUCCCACACGAAGGAAACACGAUAGAAAAGGGAUCGCUCGUCGAGUGUCCAACUUUUCCUCUGAAGGAGAAUCUGUGAGUCCGGAUAUUCCAGUAGUCGUUCCAGAACAAGUUUACAGCGUCCCACCAUCAUCCUUCCCUGUUCAUAUAGAAGCCCCUCCCACCUCCAAUUUCCACGACUUCUCCAACCCUGUUGUUAGUAUCUCUGUUGCCGAAGCUCUACGCUCGCAUAGUCCUGUGGUAGUCCAACCUACGCCUAAUUUCAACUCUUGGAAUGGAACGGUGAGUGAACAGGCCGAAAAUGUGAACCCGCCGACCAUGGCGACCAGCGUCUAUGCGCAGAUGCCAUCCGCAGCAGUGGUGAACCCCGCACCAGUUCUUUCCCACCAACACCCCAAUCAGUCGUCUCCAGCACCCAGUAUCGGCUCGUCGCACGUCGACCAACAAUGGACUGGGUCGAGGCUGAGAGGACUAACGGCUAUUCAACCAGCUGCUUCCCCCCAGGCUCCAGUCCACAUGACGAGGAGCAAAAAUGGACUGGGACAGCCUCCACCACUUGUGGUGCAUCUUAAGGACAGAGGUCGACCCGUGCGUGCAAAGGAAACUGGCCUUACAGAAGAAGAACUUACAGAAGAGUUUGUGACUUCCUCUGGUCAGAAGGUUUACAGAUGUAAAAAGUGUGACAAAGAGUUUUCGUUCUCUAGCCGUUUAAAACGCCAUCUUCUCGUGCACACGGGUGCGCGGCCGUUCGAGUGUCACGUUUGUUCCCGCCGCUUCACGCAAGCCGUGGAUCUAAAACGUCACAUGCUACGUCACAGUGGUCAGAAACCGCACGUGUGUCACUUCUGUGGGAAGCAGUACACGAGAGGCGAUCGGCUUAAAGUGCACUUGUUGUCGCAUACUCAAGAAGAUAAUUCGGAGAAGCCCUACAGUUGCUCAAGGUGCAGUGCUACUUUCUACGAAGCAGAGGAACUGCGACUGCAUGUGUGUGAAUUUCAAGAAGGUACACAACUGGUUGGAGGUGAUAUUGAGCUCAAUGACGCUUACGUAGAAGAGCGGGGAGGUAAGGUAGCCCGCACAGGAAAGAAUUAUUCGUGCGAGGAGUGCAAUUCCAGCUUCACCAAGUACACUUCUCUCAAGUCGCACCUUCUUAAGCACACCGGUGAAAAGAAGUACAAGUGUGAGCACUGUAACAAAACUUUCUUCAGCUCUAGUAGUUUAAAAAUCCACGUCCGAGUUCACACUGGCGACCGACCGUUUAAGUGCAAGGAGUGCCCGAGGAAAUUUAGUGACCCGUCGAACUUCAACAAACAUAAACGAUGGCACGCCAAACAAAAGGGCCCGAGUACACCGUCGGCAACAUUGUCGAGCAUCUCCGAGAACAGCUCGCCUUCCGAUGAUAAGACACAGAAGGAGGCUGCUGAUGCCGAAGAAAACGGAUCGGGGCCGACCGAAAACGAAGUAACAGCCGAAGAAUCUGGUGCGAAAGAGGGUGACGCGAAAGAGGAUUUGCGAGAAGAUCUUUUCCCUGGGACGAGCCAAGAUAUGGAAACUGAGGAGACUGGAGGAUUUAAUUCGCCUGAGGCGUUGCUCAACAUGGGAUCUGAAUGCGAAACUAGUGUAAAACAAGAGCUAACGGACUAGUUAGGCUUUCAUGACCCUUAGGAAACUCUCUGAGCAAACGCCAUAGUUAAAACUCUUGGAUCAAUUUCAGUAUCUGAGCUACUCUGCACCUUCCCCUCCCCUAACCCUACAUUAACCCUCAGUUGUUUUCAGUUGACUAUUGCUGGGUUAGGGGAGGGGUAGGUGCGCAGUUGCCUAUGUACUGACAAUGAUUCAGAACAUUCUACUUUUUCUUAAAAAUGAAUCUCCUAUUUAUAUAAAUUGGCUUUGCAUUCUAAAAUGAUAAUGUAAGCUAGCUUAAAAAGUAUAUCUAAACAUCGCUUAAUGAAAGUGUAAUACUUCACAGAUACAAUGCGUUGCUCUCCAUUUAACGUUUAAGGAAAUAUAUCGGAUUAGGUUUUAGAAAGAAUAGAUUUAGAUUUGAAUUUAUAUACUAUAUAUUAUUAUUAUCGUUCUUAUUACAAAAAGAGCAAAAUGAUAACAGGAGUAGAGGACAUGGGAUUUUGGUUUAGAAUAUGAAGCCUCAAUUCGAUGCACAAGACCCAGUUCUCCAGGUUCGAAUCAAAGAAUAUUGAAGCCAUCUCGAAGUCUCUUUUAUAGAAUACACGUCAUUUACAUUCCUUCACGUGAGUAGCAUUUCGCGUCGUUUACCGUUAGAAGAGCUUACUUUAUUAGAUCAUCGUGGGGGUGAUGAAAAUAUCUAUAUCGACAUGAAGUUAUGGAGUGCAACCUUAGAUAUAACGCUAAUUGCUUGGAGCUGAAAAGCAGGGUAUAGCGUAAGGAAGUGCGUUCAACCCUUCCCUCCUCUUACUCCCUCUUCUCCCCCCCCCCCCUUUUUCGAGAAUAAGAAACGAUUUACUAUGACUAAACAAUCUAACCACCUAACUAGUGUCUGAAGCGGAGAACGAUCUUUCCGUUUCCUUUAUUUCUUUCUUGGUUUGUUCGUUUGUAUUUAUAGCUGAUGCGUGGCAUCUUGGUUGCACUUCAUAGCAAUAGGCCAUUUUACAGGUAUGUACUUAGUUGCCAAGCCUUUGAUUUUGAGUGAGGCUGAAGAUGACAUUGUUGUGAUAGAGACCAGUAUCUAGUUAGCGUAAUAUCAAAGCAAUUUACACUUGAAAAGCAGCAAGGUUUGUAUCAUAACAUGGUCACCCUUAGCCUCACUCCUGUUCAAAGGCUUGGCACACACAGCUGUAAAAUGGACUAUUACAGCAUCAUUGUAUAUAGCGCAUUCCUUACUUACAAUGCUUACGGACUUACAUGUAUUUAGCCUUUUUGUAACAUAUAUUUCAAGUUUAUGUACGUGGAUUGGUUAUGGUAUCUACUAGCUUGGAUGUCACUCUGAAGUAGUAGCCAAUAUGCGCAUGCUCAUAGGUUUUGUUAAAGAAUGAAUAAACGUCGGCGUCGCAAAGG